CAAAGUUGAAGGACUUAUUUUUUUAACAUUUUUUCCCUUUAUUAGCCUCAAAUACAUACAAAAAAAGGCUCAAGAAAACUGUAAUUGCAAGCUACGGCAAAGAUAGAAAAAGAUGGGAGCUAUGAACCUAAAGCCAAUAUAAUCUAACUCACCAAAUUAGACAAAGACAGUUAGUCCAUAACAAAGAAAAAAAAAAACAGAAAUUGAAAGCUCCAUUCCAUCUUCUCAAAUUUACUCUCUUUAUAUCUAAGCCAAUUCUCAUCACAAAUCUCAUCUACCCCAAUUAUCCUAUACUGUGAUUUCACACGAUCUUUUUGAAGUGGCUAGCUCCGAUGGCAAGUGGAGUCGAUGGCCAUUGGCCGAUUCAACAACCUUUUUCGAAGAUUAACCAUAGAAAGAAGAAAAAUGGCAAGGGUCAGAAGAGAGAAGAGCUUGAAGAAGAGGUUUGUAUGCUUUACAAAAUGCUGGAAAAUGAAAGGAAGGUAAAUGAAAUAUUGGAGAAAGCACAUAAUGGGCAUGUUGCUUCUACUCUAUCUAUCCCUCGCCAUUUUCCUUCAAAGGCAAAGGGAUUACUAGAAGAGAUAGCGAUGGCCGACGAAGAAAUCGUGCUAUUGGAGAGACAAAUAGCUAAACUAGAAAGGAAUUUAGAGGAGGAAAAACAAUUAACGAGAAACUAUAAACAAAGAGAAUCACCUAUGCACCGCUUGGGUCCAACUUCGACGCCUCUACCACAUUUCAACAAAAGUAGUACUAGUUCCGCUAUUAGAGAGGCAUCAACAUCUAGCCAAAGAUUGGGGAUUUUCGAGACGAAAGCAAUGCAUUUCAUCAACAAAGCAAUCAAGGGAGAUUACAACAUGAGUGAUUUCAAGAGUAAGGGGGCGAUCGAUAACCACAAGGAGAAUGGAGUUAUUGACGAAGAUAGUAACAAUAAGAAUAAAACCUACCAAAACUUGUGGAUGAAGCCCUCUAAGUCUCCUUUGCGCGACACUCGUCGUCCCAUUCCAUAUACCAAGAAGGAACACUUUGUUGAGUUGGAAAAACCAAUUCAAUCACAAGAAGAUAGCAUAAAUAGAAACAGCCACAGGUAUUUGUCCCCGAACAAGCUCUCCGAGAGGAUCAUGAAAUGUUUAAUCUUCAUUUUCGUGAGGCUAAUAAGGACGUCGAGAUCAAUGGAGCUAGAAAAAUCGGGUCCAAUUUCAAGGUCCAUCAACUUCUCUUUGAGCACAAGAAGCUUUAGGGUCGACACCCUUUCAAGCACAAAGGCCAACCUUAUGUUGCAAAGAGAAGCGAAACAACAAGACCCUUAUAGCAUAUUCGAUAUGGACGAUUCAAUUCCUAGGGAUAUCGGUCCUUAUAAGAACCUCGUCAUAUUCACAUCAAGUUGUUUGGACCCAAAGUUCCUCUCCAAUCCCACCUCUAUCCCUUUGCUGCAAAAGUUAAGGGUUUUAUUGAAUAAUCUCCGGAUGGUGGACUUGACAAUUUUGGGUCAUCAACAAAAAUUGGCAUUUUGGAUCAACAUGUACAAUGCUUGUAUCAUGCAUGGAUUUCUUCAAUAUGGACUCCCAUCUACACCUGAAAAAUUAGUAACACUAAUGAAUAAGGCAACUCUAAACAUUGGAGGGAACACAAUAAAUGCACAAGCCAUAGAACAUUUUAUACUUAGAAGACCUUUACCUUCAAUGUUAAAAGAGGUUCAUUGGAAAGGAGAAGGUGAAGAUAAAGAAGAAACGAUACGAAAACAAUAUGGUCUCGAUGCACCCGAUCCAAACAUCACUUUCGCACUCUGUUGUGGUACUCGUUCUUCUCCCGCGGUAAAGAUUUAUACACCUGAUAGUGUUGUUGGAGAGCUAGAGAAAUCAAAACUAGAGUUCCUUCAAGCCUCAAUAAUGGUGAAAAACACCAAAAAGAUAGGUUUUCCAGAGCUUCUACUAAGGAAUAUGCAUGAUUUUGCCCAAGAUUUGGACUCACUUGUUCAAUGGCUUUGUCAAGAAUUACCCACAUCAGCUACUCUUAGGAAAUCUAUGGUGGAUUGCUUUAGGGGACUUACUAAUAGUUCUAAGGUUUCAUCUAUUGUUGAGAAAAUACCAUAUGAUUUUGAGUUUCAGUAUCUCUUAUUUGUAUAAUAGAGUUUUAUUUUUCUAUUACUAAUAAAAUAUGUCAAAUAAUAUACUGA